AGGCGCGUGGCCGCCAGAGCGGGCGCCCCAGCCGACCGCGGUCGCGGGUCUCUGAACCAGGAGACGAGAGUCGACAGAGCUCAGGGAUGGCGAAGGGCCUGACGUGGAGGCGGAAGCUGCCGCUGCAGGGCCCAGUGGCUGGAGAUAAGUGAUGGUGUCAUCUGAGCACCUGCUGGAAACGGGGCAGGAGGAACAGUAACCCCCGGGGAGCGCAGGCUGGCUCCACGAUGCGGAGAUGACGCCUCCGGAGGCCCAGGCCUCCCUCCCGCCCGGGUGCUAGGAGCCAUCCCCAGGCUCCAGCCAGGAGCCCUGCCGCCCAGGGGCAUGGCCAAACCCUUCUUCCGACUCCAGAAGUUUCUCCGCCGAACACAGUUUCUGCUCUUCUUCCUUACGGCCGCCUACUUGAUGACCGGCAGCCUGCUGCUGCUGCAGCGGGCCCGAGUGGCCCUGCCACAGGGUCCCCGGGCACCUGGCUCCCUGCAGGCCUUACCCGUGGCCGCCAUGGCGCUGGGCGUGGGCCUGCUGGACAGCAGAGCCCUGCAGGACCCCCGUGUCAGCCCAGAGCUGCUGCUCGGCGUGGACGUGCUACAGAGCCCCCUGGCCCGGCCCCGGCCUGGACCCCGCUGGCUCCGGAGCCGCAACUCGGAGCUGCGCCAGCUGCGGCGCCGCUGGUUCCACCACUUCAUGGGUGACCCCCAGGGGCUGCCCGCCCUGGGCCCCGAGGCCCCCAGGCCAGCCGCCAGCAGCAGAGGCACCUAUGUUGGAUGCUUCAGUGACGAUGGCCAGGAGAGAACGCUGAAGGGCACUGUGUUUUUUGACUUGAGAAAGAUGACCGUCUCCCACUGCCAGGACGCCUGCGCUGAGCGGUCCUACGUCUACGCCGGCCUGGAGGCUGGGGCGGAGUGCUACUGCGGGAACCGGCUCCCGGUGAUGAGCGUGGGGCCAGAGGAGUGUAAACACGAGUGCAAGGGGGAGAAGGGCUCCGUGUGCGGGGGUGUUGGCCGGCUCUCUGUCUACCGAGUGGAGGAGCUGCAGCCGAGCUCCAGGAAGCGGAGGACAGUCACCUACCGCGGGUGCUUCCGACUGCCGGAGAACAUCACACACGCCUUCCCCGACUCCCUGAUACAGGCCAACGUGACAGUGGAGACGUGUUCGGGAUUUUGUGCCCAGAAAGAGUUCCCCUUGGCCAUCCUCAGAGGCUGGGAGUGCUACUGUGCCUACCCCACCCCCCAGUUCAACCUGCGGGAUGCAGUGGACAGCUCGCUGUGUGGCCAGGACCCUGAGGCACGGAGGCUGGCAGAGUACUGUGAGGUCUACCAGACCCCCGUGCAAGACACUCGGUGCACAGACAGAAGGUUCCUGCCCACCAAAUCCAAAGUGUUUGUGGCUCUGUCGAGCUUCCCGGGAGCCGGGAACACCUGGGCACGGCACCUCAUCGAGCACGCCACUGGCUUCUACACAGGGAGCUAUUACUUCGAUGGAACACUCUACAACAAAGGGUUUAAGGGCGAGAAGGACCACUGGCGGAGCCGGCGCACCAUCUGUGUGAAGACCCACGAGAGUGGCAGGAGGGAGAUCGAGAUGUUCGACUCGGCCAUCCUGCUGAUCCGCAACCCAUACAGGUCCCUGGUGGCCGAAUUCAACAGGAAGUGCGCUGGGCACCUGGGCUACGCAGCUGACCGCAACUGGAAGAGCAAAGAGUGGCCGGACUUCGUCAACAGCUAUGCAUCGUGGUGGUCCUCGCACGUCCUGGACUGGCUCAAGUACGGCAAGCGGCUGCUGGUCGUGCACUACGAGGAGCUGCGACGCAGCCUGGUGCCCACGCUGCGGGAGAUGGUGGCCUUCCUCAACGUGUCCGUGAGCGAAGAGCGGCUGCUCUGCGUGGAGAACAACAAGGAAGGCAGCUUCCGGCGGCACGGCCGGCGCCCUCAUGACCCCGAGCCCUUCACCCCGGAGAUGAAGGACUUGAUCAAUGGCUACAUCCGGACAGUAGACAAGGCCCUGCGUGACCACAACUGGGCUGGGCUGCCCAGGGAGUAUGUGCCCAGAUGAUAGGCCCGGCUGCUCUGCCCGCCCUGCUGAGAGCUAGUUGCCCCCGGAGCUGCACCUGCUCCGAUGCUCAGGUGGUGGCCUCGCUGGGACGCAAGGCUGCUUGUGCCGCCAGCUGGGAGGCUCACCCAGUGCUGCCUUCCUCACGUGCAGGGAGACCAGACACAAGCCCUUAGCCCACCCAGGCAGACACAGUGUCACAGAACACACACACGCCUAGCCAGACACUCUUAGACACACCACUCCACGCUCACAGUGCCCGUUUCUACAAGCCCGAGACACCAUGCAGGGUGUGCCAGAUGCUCCCAGACUUGCAAACACAGUCACACACAGACGCCAGGUUAUGUGUUCCCAGAGACUGUCAAUCUGUCCAUCUCUUACACUUAUAGAACCACGUUUUCCAUGGCUCUCAGAGGCCUCGGGUUUCCUGUCUUCGGCCCCAGGCAUGGACUUGCUGGUCAGGGCUCUUGACUGUGGGACGCUGGGCUGGGUGGCGCCCAUGCUGUGAGCAGCAAGCACGUGGGCAUGGCGGUGGGCUCACGCAUUGUUGCUGCUGGGCUGUGCAGCCCAGACACCCUAUAAAUGUGU